GAAAGCAGCGGGAGAUAUUCCUCUCUCCCACACAGUGCAAGAGCUUCAAGUAAAAUAUUCGAGAAUAUCAGUUUUUUUAACACUACCAACGUUAUCUUUCAAAUCGAGUUUGUUUCCGAGCAAGUUCACAUCGUGUGGUGCUGCGGUGGUUUUUCGAGAUUCCCGAUCAACUGCGUAAGGUAGAAAAUAAUAAUUGAUCAGCUAUUCCAAGGUGUUUUUUUCGCUGCUAUCUAUAUUUCGAAUUGCGAUUCCGUGGUGCACUCGUUUGCGAAAAAUUGAUUCUUGGUGCCCUGCUCCCUGUGUGUGUUGCUUGCCCAACAGCAUUAGGACGUAGCCAUUCCGCGCAGUGAAUCCGGUGGUAAAAGUGGAAAAAAUCAAUUACAUCAGAUUAGUGCAAAAAUUUCCAGCUAUUUUACUGUUGCAAGAGGGGCAAAGAAAAAGCUGGUUGAAGCAAAACGCGCGUGAGGGGUGCAAAAAAGUGGUCCGUUUCGAGAAGGUGGUAGUGUUUCAUUGUCUGGGCUGGCAAACAACGUCAGCGAUCCGGUUCAUCAGAAAGAGUGCUGUGGUGGAAAAAUAAUUGAACCUACAGUACCUGCUAGAUAGCAGCAUCGCCAUACAAAAGUAUAGAACGAAAAGCAUCCUAGCCAGCCGAUUGUUUUAAUCUCUGCAGGAGAACUCGGUUGCCAAGGUCCUCUACUGACUUCUGAGAAAGACAGCAUUUCGUCAGCGUGUGCUCGAUUGAAAAAUAAUAUCGAAGGGUAGAGUGAAAAUCCUAGAAGCCAAGCAGAAGAAAAAAAGAUUAGUCGAUUGUGUGCUGUGUGAUAUUGGCAAAUAUACGAUACUGCGAGAACGAGAGUUACCUUCAUUGGCAAGUUCAAACGAGAGCAAACGUACACGUAAUAGUGCAAACGAAAGAGUGCUGUGAAAUGCUCAUCGUUCCCCCGAGAGAUAGUGAAUAAUAAGGUUGAUAUUGAAAGUGCAUUGGAAAUCCGUCGUACAAGUGAAAAAGUUUUCAAAGCUCUGGUGCCGUACCAGCCAGUGCUAGUAGUGACCUCGGAGGUAGACCAGUGAGUGUGCUCACGCUUGAAUUCGUCAAUACGACUGAGUGAAAAUAAAACAGCUUCAAGAUUAGUUCCAGUAUGGCGUUCGCUGGUCUGAAGAAGCAGAUCAAUAAAGCGAAUCAGUAUGUCACGGAAAAAAUGGGCGGUGCGGAAGGCACCAAACUGGACCUGGACUUUAUGGACAUGGAAAGAAAAACAGACGUCACGGUAGAGCUCGUCGAAGAGUUGCAAGCAAAAACGAAAGAAUACUUGCAACCGAAUCCGACGGCCCGAGCGAAGAUGGCAGCGGUCAAAGGUAUUUCUAAAUUAUCAGGUCAAGCUAAAAGUAAUACUUAUCCACAACCAGAAGGUAUACUGGCUGAAUGUAUGCUGACCUACGGUAAAAAGCUCGGCGAUGACAGUGUCUUCGCAAACGCCCUCGUUGAGAUGGGCGACUCGCUCAAGCAGAUGGCCGAUGUGAAGUACUCGCUGGAUGAUAACAUCAAGCAGAACUUCCUCGAGCCACUGCAUCAGCUGCAGACCAAGGAUUUAAAGGAGGUUAUGCAUCAUCGUAAAAAACUUCAAGGACGGCGUCUUGAUUUUGACUGUAAGAAACGGCGACAGGCGAAAGGAUCUCAAAUUACAGAUGACGAAAUCCGGAGCGCCGAGGAAAAGUUUGCCGAAUCCUUACAGCUGGCACAGGUUGGAAUGUACAAUCUGUUGGAGAAUGAUGUAGAACAGGUUUCACAGCUAGUCACAUUUGCCGACGGGCUACUGGAUUAUCACUCGCAGUGUGCCGACAUUUUGCGAGUACUUGUCGAAGUGUUGAAUGAAAAACGAGAAGAAGCCGCCAAUCGCCCGAAGGCGGAAUUCGUCCCGAAAACGCUAGCGGACUUGAACAUCGAAACACUGGGCUCCCAGGACGGAAUGAAUGGCGGUUCAUCAUCUCGUCUCAAUUCGCCGGUCAAUAAACCGACUCAUCUGGAACUUUUGGGUAACGGUCAAGCGCAGGCGCGUUCCACCAAUGCCUCACCCUUGCCAUCACCAAUGCGUUCCCCAGCGAGAACCCCGAUGCCAGCCAAGCCAACGCAACCGUGCUGUACGGCGCUGUACGACUUCGAACCGGAAAACCCCGGCGAGUUGGGUUUUAAGGAAAAUGAUGUCAUCACACUGAUCCAGCGUGUGGACGAGAACUGGUUCGAGGGCAGUGUGAACGGUAGAACCGGUUACUUCCCACAGUCGUACGUGCAAGUUACCGUUCCAUUUCCCUAAGCAGUGCGGUGGUAAUUAAAAUUACGCAACGGAAUAUCCGCAAUUGUAAUUCCCACCCCCACGGCGUUUCCUCCCUCCACAACAUCAUAUUAAUUAAUUACUAUUAACUGAGCUACUAUUAAUUGUAACAAGCAAGAUCUACUAUAACUACAACGCUAGUACUACUACUACUGCUAGUACCGCAGGCUGGGUAGAGAUGGAGGAGAAUGCCAAUAGCCGUUACAUGCAAAAACACCUUCUUGUUUGAACUGUGCUACUACUAACAUCUGUGUUUGCUAGCAGGUCGCCGAAUUAGCACGGCUGAAUAAUACGAGACUCAAUUACGAUUUGGUUCUGGCAAUAUGACCAUAACGAAACCAGGUAAUCAAUUGGUCAUGGUUGAGAAGCUAUUCGAAUCUAGGCAUGAAUGAGGCAUUGAAUAAACAUUAAGAAUACCAUUACUCAACCGCGAUCAGCGAUUCAUAGUUUAUUCUUGGUUAAUAAUCACACGGUAGCAGUUGCUGAAUAUAUUGCCACACAGGAAUGAAGCAGAUGACUUUAUUAGGAAUAACACAGCAAGAUAAUGUAACUAGGAAGUAUUUACAAGGGAUCUAUUGUUGUUCAGUCAAAAUGUAACAUAUGUUCUGUUUCCCCGUGAUGAGGAAGUAAAACUGAAAGAAAGCGCAAGAAUGGAAAGUGCAUGGGUAAUUGGGUGAACUACAUCAUCCGGUAAUAUUGAGACGGGAAAAAAAACUAUUCAAGUAAGGUGUUAACUAUUAUCUACUGAAACUUCUAAUUGAAAACCAGUGAUGAGAUUGAGGUUGAGUUUACUGCUGAUAAAAAAAAAUUAAGCUGCAUAUCAGGAUUUGCGUGCGCUUAUUCUUCCGUUCUGCCGAAAUAGUCACAUCCUCACAGGGACGCGUUGAUUAGUAUAGUUUUAGCACGUUUAUACGAUUAGUUGACUUUAAGACAGAUUUUAUUCAUAUUGAAGCGAAUCAUUAGUUUUCGUAUGCAGUGAAGGAGGCAUACCGCCUCCCACACGGUGCGGUGCGUUUCCUCGUUUAUGGGAUUAGCGCAUGAGUUUACGGUAUAUUAUUAUGGAUAUCAAUCGCAAAGCGUUAGCGAGCGACAGCAACAUGUCGAGCUUCAAAGUGGUUUCGCAGGAAGAUUCAAUGAAAUAAGAAAGAAAAAAGACUUGAUGCUAGUUAUCUGUGCACUGAUGACGACUGUUCCAGACUCACAAUGUAAUAUGUGUAUGUACGUAGCGCUUCCUAACUUUAGUUGUAUGAUUUAUUUUGUGACAUUUGUUUUUAGCUGGUUCAAAUUGAGUUUCGCGAGGAUUCGCUUGCUUCGGCGACGCAUUCGUCGAUUCUUUUUUAUGUUAGUCCUAGGUAGGAGCAAAUAAUUUCUGUAGCAUGAACAAGUAUUACUGUGUAUAUAAUUUUAAUAAACUACAAGAGUCGGUAACUCGUGACUAUUGUUACAUUAAGGUUAGGUUUUGGUUUGUCUUUUUUUUGUUUAUUAAGUUUUGUUUUAACGAUGAAAGAAAUCCUUUUGUUCUUUUAAGUGCUUUUUGGUCUUAUCGCGUUAGACCACGGAGUGAAUGAACGAGUUUGAAUAGCAAGUUGUACGAGAACAACUUUAGAUAGGAUCCCAAGAACAAAUUUCAUCGAUAUUAAUUUGUUUUAGUUUCCUAGUUGCGCUACCGACAGUUACCCCGCAAUAAACAACAAACCGAGAAUGUGGUUGAGGACAUGAGAUUUCUCGAAAUCUUUACAAGAAAUAAUGACGACGAAGGGGGCUAUCAACCAUAGCAUUUAUCAGAUUCUUGAAAAUUGUAAAGUUGCCAAUGCAACACUGAUAGCUACAGCACCACAGUAGACCAGGUCUAAGUUUUUGUCAGCGCCAUCAAUACUACUAACACAAAAGCGCCACUAUUUCUAGUUCCCCCAAUCAAAGGGAACCGCGAGAAUUCUGUGGUGGUACACAUCUUAACUUUCAGUGUGCUACCUUGAAAAAUAUAUCCGUAUCUCCGAAGUUCAAGAAUGUUCGAGUCGCUAGCGUGUGCUUCAAUUGACUUGAAAAAGACACCGCUCCAGUAGCUGUCCAUUCAAGAACCCAUAUUGAAAGUCUCAAAAGCGUCACCAUACGCUCCUUCAUGAGGAUGAAAAAGAAGAUAAAGCCAACUGACAAUUCUGACCCAGCCUAUCCAGCCAUUCCUACUGCUAUGUCAAAUCCGGUUAUAGUUUCUGGAAAUGAUCCACAAGUAUUGACUACGUGCUCCUGCAAUUAUGGGCAGUCGGCGAAAACUAUACGUUUGCUAACAGCAGUAGUUAACGCCCAGUCAAAAAAGGCAAGUUGAUGGCUAAUGGGGGGCUAUUUGCCAACUCGGAUGCGCUAAUUGCCCUUCAAUUUGCCAGCAAAUUGCUGGCAAUUAGGGGGCUAUUUCAAAUGCAACAUUUGUGCGAUUUGCCGCCGUUGUUUUUUGCCGCCCAACCCGCCCUUAAAUCGCCCACAAAUCGCCCACGGAACGCGCCAUUUAAUCGCCCUUAAUAGCCUAAUAUGAAAAUUAAAAAUAAUGCUUAUUUUCGGAUUCAUUAUCUACUCACAUAUACUUACCAGUAUACUAGGUAAUCACCACCAAAUUAUAGGAAGAAUCAAUGGUGAAAUUUGUAUUGCACUUCAAAACUUAUCACAAUCUGACGUUAAUUAAGACUUUAGGUCAGAGAUCUUGUUCUACUAAACAUACACACGAUUCCACAAUUUCCCACAUUCGUUGGCUAAAUUAAGUGCACUAGACAAAGUACAAGUGAAAACACACCAAUUGUUAAAAAAAAUUAAGCUUAAACCAAACAUGAACCGCCAUGUUUGAAAAACGCGAAAAACAACCAAGUCCAUUUCAGCCGCCAGAAAAUUUGUCUAAGUAUUGAAAUUGCCUUUAAAUCGCAUUCGCAAAUUGCAUUUGUUCCGAGGGGCAAUUAGCACAGGCGAGUUGAGUCAAACGUCGAACUUUUUAAAUCGCCUGACCAUGUUCGUCCGCUCUUUUUUGACAGGGCGCUAUCGUCAGGCACAAUCAAUCAUAUGAUCGCCGGAUGCUGCUGGACUGUGGAUCACAAGUCAACUUCGUGAUCGAAGAAAUGGCAAAGAUCCUUGGAAUUCCGAAGUAACACAUAGAGUUCUUAGUUACACCAAAGGUAACCGGUACAGUUCCCAGUAAUAUUGAACUUGAUGAUCCUGCGUUCCAUGAGCCAGGAAAAGUCGAUUUGUUGGGCGGAGCUAAACUAUUUUUCGACCCGCUAAAGCCUGGACGUACAGUUAUCGUGGAUAAUAUACCUCAACUAAGAGAGAGAGAGACAGAGAGAUGUUCCUAGCAUGAGUCGUUACUGCAGUAGUUAACGAGCCCAACGUGACCGAGCCUGCCAUCCGACAUGCAAUCCUGGCUGCAAUAGCCAUAGUAGAGGAGAUGAUGCGCCAGUUCUGGAAGAUCGAGGAAGUUUCUGAUGCUACGAUGUUGUUAGCCGAAGAGCAGUCAUGUAAAAUUCAUUUUUUUGCCAACAACUGCACGAGAUCAGAGUGGACGAUUUAUCGGAAGACUUCCAUUUGAGCGACCGAAAAUAAAAGUCGCAAGGACAGAAAAUGCUUCGUAAAACCCGUUUCAAAUAUAUUAAAAUAUAAAAACCGGAUAUAAACUUCAAGCAUAAAAUUCGGACAGGGACAUUCCUUUGUAAGAAUCGGGUAAAACACUUUCAGUAAAAUAACCGGAAAGAAAUACAUCCGAUUCUUACAAAGUAGUUUUUGUUAGCCGACUUUUAAUCUUGAACAGCAAGAUAUACGGAUGCUCCUACGAGCGAUUUAUUUAUUUUUAAACGAUUUUUAUCCUGGAGGUUCACCCUUGCCGAGUUUUACGGGUGAAAACUUUUUAAGCGAUUCUUAUGCUGAAGUAUUUCUGUCCGAUUUUUAUGCUUGAAGUUUAUUUCCGAUUUUUAUAUUCUAAUAUGUUUGAAACGGGUUUUGCGAAGCAUGUUAUAUCCUUGCGACUUUUAAUUUCGGUCGCUCAUUUAAGGAUACCUUCAGCCAGUUGAACGAUUCCCGCCGACAUUAGCCCAUGAAAUUUUCAAUCAGAAAGGGCCUUGAAAGUCUCGUAUCAUUCGAAAUGUUUAAAGUAUCGAAAACCAUCAAAACUAGGCAUAAAUUAUCAACACAUGUAUUUACAAGCUAUUCCAUUUAGGAAGGCGAGGUCAAGAAAACAAGACUGGUAGUUGGAACUCGUACUGACUUGCUUCAGUCCAUGGAAGGCCAUUCUAUCCAGUAGUAUUAGCUGCUUGUAAGAUUAGUUGUCGAGGAUAGCGGGUUAGGGUAAGCGCACCCGUGCUCAGAAGCUACCCACCGAAGCCCAGGUUAGCCUACAAGGAGUUUUGUAGUUUGAUUAAAAACAGGAGUUCCAUUCGCUUCGACUUCCGGUACGGGAGGAAAUGCGUGCAAUGUUAGCAUAUUCGUUCGCAGUCGCGCAACAUAGAUCCUGGGCCAUUGAGCGGGAUUUUUUUCAAACAGCCAGUUUAAAAACCACUUAAGCUACUUCCAAUUAUCGUUGAACGAUAUAAUAUUUGUUGGUUCGCCUCUUCUUGCUAUCGUCUUGCUCAACUGGAAGAUUCAUCGUUUUAUGAUCUAGGCAGAUGCGGAGAAAAUGUUUCGCGAAGUUUGGAUCCACACAUUGGACCGACAGUUUCAACAAGUACUGUGGCGAUCUACUCCGUUGCAGCAAAUCCAGCCCCACCAACUCAUCGCAGUAACCUACGGUUUUGGCCAGUUCUGGCCAAAGCACGAUAUCUUCCUUGAAGGGCGCAAUUUCCGGUAAGCACUUCAUGAUGAACACUUUUUUCCUUCCCUCGUUGCAAGUUUCGCGAGUUACGGAGAAAAGAAGACCGGCUUUGACAUCCUCUUCUCACUGUUUGUCAGCUACAAGAGUACUUUCAUUGGGAACUUCGUGUGGGAGAUGUACUUCACGUCGCUGCACACCUCCCCCCUGGGGGACGUGACAUAGCUCUGUCAGUAAUUGCCCGCAAGCGUCAGGUACGUCUCGUGUGUCCCUGAUCACAACUAUGUCGCGUUUCGUAGAGAAGGCAACCUUGCCGGACUUCUUCAGUCGCUGCUUUUGACCAUCGGGUCAAUCGCACCGAUCUUCCAGUCCAAGGUGCGGAAGAAUUUCCCCACAUCCCCAUCCGUCUUUCUCUUCAGCACUUGCUGCCGUUCAUGGAAAACCGUUGGACAGCCGAAACUUGAUGCUCUUACCUUUGUCCAGGAGCGAGCGCCAGGAUCUUGUAUAUGGCCGCUUGGCUGUAUUCGACCGACACAAAGGGCGUCACGAUGACUGACUUCUUCGGUCUGGGCUGCAGCAGGCGGAAAUUACAAUCUAUCGAAUGCAGUUGUCUCACUGCUUUCGCCAUGGCUGCCGAACUGAUACAGCUUGUAAGUAGGGGUUUCCCUAUUACUUGGGUUCAAUUUUUACCUGCCCGUUAGACCCUUAUUGACAGGGCGGCUAAAGUAUUUCUAUCAUAAUUUCGGAUCUUCGUAACACAAACAAAAGUAAACAAACGACAAAAGUAUUUUUCCGUGUUUAUUCCUAUGAACUCUCCUCUGAUGAGUCCGUCGAAUUGCUGCUGCUGGUAGCCGUGCGGUCGGAAUACCAACGGUCGCGUUCUUAUUUCUGUUCGCUGCUCCGGCAAAAAUUCUUUGCUUUUAGCUAGGGCGAUGAGUAAGACUCAUUUGUUGAAACCAAACGCAACGGUGGUCGCCGUGAACGAUCCAUGGAAAUCACCGCAGUGAACUUCCUAGUGGGAACCUUUGUCCGCCCUGCUUUAUUUUCCUUGGUGUUCAACUGUGGAGAAGAGUUUGGUUGAUUCGACUGAUUCGCCACAAUGAGAACGGUUCCUUAACCGGGGCAGCGAAAACAGUCCUUGUCGUUUAGUUAUCCCCUAAUCACGAACCGAUACCUAGGAUGACCUAGGUGAGCGAGUAAAAACCUAGGAUAGUCGAAAAGGAACCCCUUCCGCCUGCUCACCUAUCGCAGUAACUAAAUAUUUUUGGGAGUCUGGCCAGCAUACAUUCUUUUCGUGUGAAUUCGAUCACCGACCACUUCUUCGGAUUUACGCGGUGCUUUCUACACCGAUCAGCGAAGGUUUCAACCCGUUAUUGAAGAAAUUGAGCGGAUGAGACGAAAUGUUUUGAGAUUGUCUACGAAGGAGCGGCGGGCAGUUCACAGCACGUCUUUGAAGUAAAGAUGAAAAAUCAACGGUCUCAAGUAGCUUCCCUGGGGUAUUUCUAACGUAGAAGUAAAUGUGGGUAACUGACAAAUACCAACGCCAAUCAUUACUUCUAAAUCUGAGAGCUAAGCUCGAAACAACUGUAAAAACAUCUAUUGAUUCAAAAUUUCUCCCUAUUAGCAAUUGUUAUAUCGUGAUUUGCUAUAUGCAAAGCGGGAGAUCAAAGCGUCGCCGUAUCGUUUUAGAAUCACCGAAGGGAUUUUAUCGGGUCCGAAUUGAAACGGCGCCAUUUUGAAAAUAUGGCUGAUAUUUUGACGGAUAUUUGUCGCCUGCCAGAUUUUCUUCCAAGCGGACAACGGCUCAUUUUUUCACGUACUGAUGAAUACUGUCGAGUGGUAUAAUUGAGAGAUUCGCGCGUAUUACGGUGUUAUGGUUGCGGUUGGUCCAAACUGUAACCUGGAUCAAAGAUAAUAGAGCGAAGUCUCAAUGAAAAAAAAAUAUCAAGCUGAGAGGAGAAAAACCGGAUCAAACCGAAUAUAUUCCCCGACAUCCCAGGACACCAAGGCAGUCAAUUAAAAACUAGGACAUAUGGUCACCCUACUGAUACUGAACUUUCCACGAAUGCCCGAAUCAACACUGGCAUUUCUCGACGGAUUAAACUCGCCGUAGCACGCGCGCGCUGAACUAUGCUACGGUUGAGGAAACCUGUCCCGAAAAAGAGAAAUGACUUCGAACGUCUGUGCGUGGCUGUAAUCCAUAACUCUGUCUCACAGGUUGCACCAUCUCAACUUUCAUCACUUCAGCACAUACGUUUUUGGCAAGAGGGGACCGGUAGCCUACCCAAACGUUGCGUCAAUUAUACAAAUUCACUCAACAAAAAUUAUCUAGCUUAUCUGCACGAACAAAAGCAUUCACAAACGCGAAAAUAAACGAAAAUUUACAACUAAAUGGAAACGGCACAGAGCAGCAGUGAGCAUAAUGUUGCGUAAACAAAUACACUCUACGGAAUUUAUAGUCAAAAUAAAUAGUAACUAGAUGUGCUAAAUUGACACCUUGGCAGAUUUUAAGCUGUCAUUUUUUUUCUGUACACGGUUAAAUAAAACAACCUGCAGAAUAAGUUCUUUUAACUUACUUUUGAGUUGUGCGUCGCUUUCGCACUUAUUAGUGUUGUCAAAAACGAAACGAGAGAUUCGACUCAGUCGAGGUCUUCCAUGGAGGAAGGUACUUUUGAGUUGUUUGGGGUAUACUCAAAAUUAGGUAAAUUCAACUUAAAUUUGAGUAUAAAUAACCUAUCAAUGAGUUGUAAUUUUUGCCGUGGUUAAAUGGAAACUACCUUCAAUACGGUUUACCUAAUUUUAACUUCCCCCACGAUACCAUGAGAUUGAGUCAAAGGAACUCAAUUUUAGGUAGUUUUUCGUUUCCGUGUAUAUAACCUGAUACCGAAGACUGCAUAUUAGGAAGACUGGCAACUCUGUCCAGAAUUUGGAGACAGUAACAGCAACGCCACUUGCGGGUAAAGGUGGUACUUCCCAUAGUGAUGCACACACACAUAUACACUUUUACAUUAAGCUUCCUACCUUCCUCCAAUAGAGGCGCUGUAACCUCUGUCCCUUCUCGUUUGUAUGGGUGAAGGAAAGAGAUAUCAGUCUUCUUAAUAUGUAGUCUUCGCUGCUAUGUAUCGACGGUUCACCGGUGGACCCAUCACUAGGUGGCGGUAUAAUCGCAUGAAAUAUCGAUGAGCUUUCAUCUUGUAAUGCCAGUGUCUGUGCCAAAAAAUGACCUGUUUACAUUUUCAUAGAAAACCAAUUAGUAAUUCUUCUAGAGUUUUAAGGGAACCUUUCGGCAGAUUUUUAACUUUUAGUUGAAAUCUGAUAGUAAUCCGGCUCAAAAGCAUGGUUAAAUGUGUCAUUUUGAUAGGUUAACUUGACAGUUUGAUAGCUAAUAGUUUUUUUCCAUGAUGCAGAAAGAAAGGUGGGAAAAUUUUUCUGUGCAUGAUUGUCUAUAUUUUUCAACAGAAAGGAGAAAAAUGGAAACGAAAACAUGUGUCUAGAUUUGAUUGGGUUGUUUCAUGAAGCGGAUGUUCGCGUUUCGAGGCAACGACUGUCACUCUUAAUGUUGCAAGCAAAAAACGAAUAUUCAAAUAUCGACAAAUGUUUACACCACACUUUCAUGGUUUGAAAAGCAGAAUGCAAAUGUUUCGGAGCCAGUUCCCACACUGCUUUCACAGUAAACGGCAAGUUACGGUGAGUAGCCUAGAACAAAGUUUCAAUAGCCUACCGAUCGCCAGCAUCUAGUUUAACCCGCCUAGCCACCUUUUGGUUUGCUGGGUCUCCAGUGCACCGCUGUAGCAAAUCAUCUGCCUCGUACGCGCCGUUGCCCGUAUAGCAUCCCUCAUGUUCGAUGGAGAGUCGGUGUGCCUUCUGAUCGCCAGGCCAUAGUAUGUCGUUAAAUCCGCUAUCAGCUUGUCCGUCACCUUAUCCGCCUCUUUUCCCUUCAAGUUUUUUGGUUGCUUUCAUGGUUACCAAUCCUUUUUUGCACAUGACCCACGCAUUCUUUUUUAGCAGAGUGACGUCUUCGUAUGGGUGUCCAGCAAUUCCUCGGAACGCGCGUGUGAGAUAUAGAUGGCGCCAACGUCCGAAGAAGAAAAGCUUUGAGAAGGAGUCUGUCGAGUGUUGGCAGCCCGGAACGAAUUGAAAAUACAGACACACGAUACGAAUAUAUGUGCACAUUCUUCCUAUUUCCGACAUUAGAUCCGAUCCGACAUUAGACUAGGUAAGUUGCGUGCAUCACGCUUGGGGUGAUUCCUUUCGAGAAGAAAUAUAAAGCGUCACAGCGCGAGCAUUUCUUUCAUGGCAUCUACCUUCAUUUCCAUAGUAGUGAUGAUUCGUAGCGCAGCUUUCGCCAAGAGAGUCCAGCUAUUCGGUGAAUUCCGCCGUCCCUUCCUACGAAUUUGCCGGAAUACUUCCCAAUCAGUGAUGAGAUCCCAAAAAGAGACGAAAACCUUUGUUUCUUCCAAGAAUUGUCUCCAGAAACGUUCAAGUGCGUUGCUUCAAUACCAGUUUCAGCAUUCAGCUUCAUUUCCUCGUCCACAGUCUUUUUCUGAAUUACUUCAAAACUGAUUUUGCGGCAGUUUGAAGCACACUGAGGUCACCAACAAGCAUUAGUGUAUGCAGUAGAAUAGCAUAUAAUUUGCAUUUUAGAUGCUUCUUGCAGUAUAUUAGCAUUCUUUAUGCCCAACUGUUGUUAAUCAGCAUUCAAAAAACUGUUUAAGUACUUAUUGCCAGUAAGCAGUAAAAAAGCAUUUUCAUAGCACAGCAGUAAUGUAGCAGUAUAUUUUGUUAAAAGCGAUUUUUAAAUACCAUUUAAAACUACUUAAAUGCUUAUCAGGUAGCCAUUAAGACGCAUUUUGGAUGCUUAUUGGUUACCUGGGUAGCGAGAAAACUAGUAGAUGUUGCUACUAAAAGUUUGCGGUAUGUCCAUUAAUUCGCAGAGUCUUCAAACUUUGUAGCCCAACCUCCAGUAUGCGCAUCGCGAGCAUGAAACGGCAGUUUACUUCAUACGAACUGCCAAUAAUGGGACUCGAACCCACAUACCCCGUGUUGCACUGGCACUGCACCACGAGUUUGAAACCUAACCCUGCUCCAGAUACACGGUUGAAUGUCACGUCUCCGCCGCAGGAUUUUCAAGCUAAGCAUUCACUUAAGAAGCUGAAGAUAGUGACGAAGUUACAAAUCACAUAGCUGAUGCCCUGGUUCAGUGCAGUGUCCUCGUAACUCGCAGUUUUCAAUUUCUUCGCGGACGUGCCCACAUAUUCUGUGUCAGUUUCGGCGGUAAACCGGUGAAUGUCUUCGAUAAGGUUCGACUACUGUGCCUUUUACUGUCGCAAGUGCCCUUUCUCAAUUAAUUCGGCAUGUUUACGAGAAAAAAAAACGAAUGGCUGGAAUACUAACUAUUCAGGUACACUACAAGUAGACGCAGUUCAGCGGUUGCAGCAGUGGUGCCAUCUACGGAUCAAGCCGUGAAAUACGUUCUGGAGACCUGUACACAUAUACAUAUAGAGGCAUUCUCGGAACGUGUAUAAUGCCAUGAAAAGGUUUCUACUUGAGCCGCGCGUCUCGAACCGAGACGACGUUUCGGUCCAUAUGAGAUAUUCGAUUUUCAAGUAAUCAAGGUCGACAAAGUAAAUGUUGUAACUAUUGGCUCAUCAUUUGUUUUCGGUUUGUUGUUUGGACAUAAAGUUGAUUUUCACUUAUUAUGGCUGCAAGAAAUGCACACAAAUCAAUUAAUGAUACGGUACAUUCGCAUCAAAUUACUAGCGUUAGGAAACAGGCUUAUGUCACAGAUUCAAAUACUAAGAAAGCAAAGGGUAAAUACUGGAACCCAUUAUUCGGGCAGCUUGUUUAACGGACCGCACUUCUAAAAACAGUAGUUUACUAGCAUUAUUAUUAAUCGAGCAGGGCGUAAAACCUCACCGGGAAGAGUUUUUCAAGUCAUAACAUCUUCCGUUAUACUUUUGCAAAGCGAAGCAAACUAAUUCCUUGAUAAAAGUCCAUUAGCAAUCUUCAUUGCUCUUAAAAAUAAAAUAAAACAAGCCUUUUAACAAUUUUUGUGACGAAAUAAAAUACUAUUGUAGUUAUUAGAUGUUUCGAGAAAGAAAAAAUUUCAUCUAUAUACAUUGUUUAAACCAAACUCCACAUUCAUAAAAGCACACCGAAAUCAGAGUCUAUACAACAGAUCGCAACGUAUAUAUACAAAUAUACAUAUAUUUACCCCGUAUUACUAGUUGUAAAAUAAAAUCAUCGUAACAGUGUAUUUCCAGCUAACUUAUUGUCUGUUUAAGUGUUGUUUUCUUUUCCAUAAUCAAGUCAGAAAACAUAUAUACAAAGCCAACUCUUCUUGUCUAACGUUUCGGAUACCUUUUGUUUCUUACUGUAACUGUCGCAGUUUAAACUAUUUCCCGAUUUAAUGGAAGCCUAUCGUUUUAACUAUCUCCAAUUUUGAAAUUACUGUGAGGUUUUUAAAGAAUUGAAAACAAAAAAAAGUUAUCCAUCACUCAAGAUCAAGAGUAAUGUUUUAAGCAUCGGAAGUAUGGUUCGAAAAUUUACCAUCACACAUACAGAUUACUACAGACUUACAUUCAGUGAGGCAAGCGGAAAGUAAACAAAUUAUAUUGAUGUUGUAUUCGAUUUCAAGCAAAAAAGUAGCAGAGGAAUAUACAUACAAAACAAACAAUCCAACAAAUAAAAACACGGCCAAUUUACCACAAACCAUUUUUAAAUCUAAACAGGCACACACACAAGCAUACAUACAAUUACACAAUCACAGCGAAAGUCUCUAUUAGUUGUACUAGUGGUUAAGCAACAAACCGUUCAAAAGCGAUUCGAAAGCAACAGAACAUUCUUAAUAAUCUUGUAAUGUGACAUAAAAUUCGACAGUUUCAAGCUUAUUUUAAUAUUGAAUAAUUAAAGGUUUUUUUUUUUUAAAUUAUCAGUUCGAUGAGCGUUUCCGACAUGAUUAUGCGCAGAUUUAAAAAUGGCGGCUACCUAAUUUGAAAUAUAAUAAAAGAAAAUAUCAAAGCCACUCGACCAUAGUAGGCAGGCGGGGAAGGAUCUGGGUGCUUAAGAAAAUGUUUUCUCACCUUUCAGACGAUUGAAGGAAUGAAACACAAUCGACAGCUACGGAACUCAUUAUUUUCAAAACAAACCUACGUUGAGAAAGCCCACUGAGAAGUUCAAAAUCUGUUUCAAAACCGUUCAACACAGGUCCAAAAAUGGACGUCUGUUGAAUAGGGCAUUGCAAAAAAAUUUUUUUUUUGAAUUCUCGAAGGCCCCCCCUCCCAUAUUGUGACAAAUGUCAAAGUAAGCUCAGAUGCCAAAUUUCACAUCAUUUGGACAAUUUUAGACCCCCGCCCACCUCGCUUGAAAUUUUUUGAAAUUGGUACUAUGGGAAAAUAUGGAGGAAAAAUACAUUAAAUGCAAUAACUUUUGAAGUAGCAAUCAGAAAAUUAAAAUUUAUGCCUCUUUUGGAAGGAAAUAAUCUUAGUAUUUGAAUAGAGAUAUGCUUGUCUCUAGAAAAAUACGGGAAAUUGGGGUACUGGGUCAUUUUGGCCCCAAAAUCCCCUAUUUUUAAUAAUUUUUCUGCUCCGUGAUGCAUGUCAUACAUAUUUUGUAGUUUUUUUAAUGUGAAAAUAUCUCAGAAAUCGAACGGAACCUUUUUGACCUUAGUCCGAAUACGAGAAGUUGGGGUUAAAUGGCCUUUUGUCAUUCAUAUUAAACUUCAUCAUUUUCUCGUGAAUAUAUCUCUAUUAUUCUCCACUCAAUUUUCAUAAACUAUACCUUGUUGAACGUGGAAAAUCCUUAGAAUUAUAACAAAAAUAGAUUCGUUACCGGUAAAAUUCAGGAACAUCAAAUUAUCUGACAUAUAGUGUCGAUUUCACAUUUUUAUCAUAAAAUCGCACAUAUCAACUCCAUUUAACAACAAAAUUCUUAUUUAAUUUACUACUUUUAGUGUAAAAUAUGCUUAGGGAUCACAUGAGAAAAGUUUCACUCCUGGAAAAAUAGGGGAAGUUGAGGUAUUAGGACAAAUAAUGAAAAAAAUGAGAUUUGUAAAGUAAAUAUCAAAAAGUUUGAUGUUUCUGAAUUUUACCUUUAACCUUUUUAUUUUUGUUUUAUUCCUCAGAAUUUUACACGUUCAAUAAGAUACAUUUUAUGAAAAUUGAUUGAAGAAUAAUAGAGAUAUAUGCAUGAGAAAAUGAUAAAAUUUAAUAUGACUGACAAAAAGCCCUAUAACCCCAACUUCUCGUAUUCGGACUAAGGUCAAAAGGGUUCCGUUCGAUUUCUGAGAUUUUUUCACCUUAGAAAAACUACAAAAUAUGUAUGGUUUGCAUCACGGAGCAGAAAAAUCAUUAAAAAUAGGGGAUUUUGGGGCCAAAAUGACCCAGUACCCCACUUUCCCGUAUUUUUCUAGAAACACAUAUAUCUCCAUUCAAAUACUAAGAUAAUUUCCUUCCAAAAGAGGUAUAAAUUUCAAUUUUCUGAUUGCUACUUCAAAAGUUAUUGCAUUUAAUAUAUUUUUCCUCCAUAUUUUCCCAUAGUACCAAUUUCAAAAAAUUUCAAGCGAGGUGGGCGGGGGUCUAAAAUUGUCCAAAUGAUGUGAAAUUUGCCAUCUGAGCUUACUUUGACAUUUGUCACAAUAUGAGAGGGGGGGCCUUUGAGAAUUCAAAAAAAAAUUUUUUUUGCGAUGCCCUACUGUUGAACGAUCUGUUAGACGUCGUCCAUCGGUGGUCUAGCGAAGGAGCUUCAUUGGAGUCUCAGCAUUGGACGAUUUUGAAAUAUGCAUUUUCUUAGAUGGAAGAUACAAGAGAGGAAUACUCCGCUGUUGUCAUCGUGAUUAACUUGGACAUUGAAUUGAAAAAAUAGUGAUAGCCAGUAGGAAUAUCCAAACAAUAUCAACAGUAACCAGAGAUAUGUAGAGCACUCCAGUUAGAGUGCGGCCAUGAGGAAGAAGAAGACACCCUGACGUAUCCAAACGAGCAUGAAAUUUGACGUAUUUCUAUUGUUUAUUUGUCAAAUUUCAUGCUCGUUUGGAUACGUCAUGUGUCUUGUUCUUCCUCAUGGUCAUACUCUAACUAGAGUACUCUAGAGUAAUGGACAACAGUGGUACAAUAGCAGCAAUACAUGUAGGGUAGGAAGUAUUUGGCGAGUGUUGUAGAGUAAGCCAUGAUUUCUUUUCAGUUAUGCAUUUUUGCUUUGAGCGCAGCAAACUUUUAUGUUGAUUUGAACAUAGCAAAAUAGAACCGCGUAACAAACAAAAAAGAUCCAAAAAUCAAGCAUUCAACACUUUGAAUCGAAAGUUUAGGGACGUAGCAAUUAUACAAUAUUAAAAUAAAUUGAAAAUAUCCUAAAGGACAAUACGUAGUGUUAAAGAAUAAUGAAACUUUAAACCCGAAAGAGAAAAACUAAAAAUUUAUGCGGACAAACGGACAAUUGUGUAUGACAUAAUCAAAACCAAACAAAAACAGAAUAAAAAAAAUCAGUGUAUAACAUUCAAGCAAGAAGAAGUUGAGAGUACAGUGAACUAGUAGGAAGAGGAAAAGUUUCAUCAUCAAACAAAACGAAUCGCAGACUAGAGAUACGAACGUGGAAUCCCACACCGACACAGAGCUGUUACUAUAUAGAAUGGUGUUGGUUGUGUUUUGAGAAAGUGAGUGUCGAAACCGGAGGGAGUAUAUGUGACAUGUGAAAAUGAAAUCUAACAUUAUAUCGUAAACAAAGAAAGGCAACAAAAAAAACCCUAAGCUAAGAUCGUUAAUUGUGAUUCAUUGAAAGUAAUAUAAAUAUUAUAAGAGUAAAAUAAAGCUAUCAAUGAACAGAUUCUGGACUGGAAUAA